CAUGGGAAAAUGUGAUUGCUGCAAGAAUCGUCUUAACUUCCAAAAGGGUAAAACUGUCCAGGGAGAUCUCUACUGUAGCGGGAAUAAAUCAGGAAUUCUGCAGCGGAACUUGUGUUUUAACUGAUUUUUAUAGGUUUUCAAGAAAUUUUCUUAAGAUCAACGAAAAAUGAGUGAAGAAACUAAAUCAUCAGAUUUUGCAUCACUUGAGACCCGACCAGGCAUCUUGUUUAUCGGAUCCUCUAACGUUGGCAAACGCACUCUCGUCUCAAGGUUGCUGUCAAUUGAUUUGGAAGACGCAUUUGACUCAUCAAACCAAGUUUUCUCACAUGGAUGGAGUAUUAAUACAAAGUAUUACACAGCUGAUGUUUCUCUAUGGAUAGCUCAUCUUCAUGAAGGAUUUUCAAUUGGAUCACUUCCAAUUUAUAACAAGCUUGCUGCUUUGGUUAUGGUUUUUGACCUGAGUGAUUUGUCAUCUUUUGUUGCACUUAAGGAUUGGGUAGCUGGAAAUGAUAUUAGCAAGUUUGAGAUAUUGUUGUGUAUUGGAAACAAAGUUGAUCGGAUUCCUGGUCAUCCUGUUCAUGCUGAAUAUAGAAGACAGCUAAGGGAAAUUGGAGAGUCAGGAUCUUUUGAUGAUCUGAAUAUAGAGGUUGAUGAGUUUGGAAUUUCUGAGACUGAAGGAAGUAGUUUGUUGGGUGAUGAAGAAGAGCCAUCACGGGAGAUCAAGAGGUCAUGUAUUGAAUGGUGCACUGAUCAUGGAAUUGAAUACAUUGAAGCUUGUGCUUCCAAUGUUGAUUUUGACAAAUGUUUAUUGGUUGAUGGGGACUCACAAGGAGUAGAACGUCUAUAUGGUGCUCUUUCUGCUCAUAUGUGGCCAGGAAUGAUCCUGAAAUCUGACAAUAAGAUAAUCCAACCAACAUUACCUGAUAAAGAAGAAAUCUCGGAAGAUGAAUCUGAUUAUGAAUUAGAGUAUGAAGUACUAUCUGGUGGCUCAGCUGAACCAUGGGAUGACACAUAUGGAGGAUGGGUUUCUGCAAAUGGUAGAACUGCCAUUCCAGAUGAAGGGGGAUCAGUUACUGAAAAUAAUUAUGUCAAAGAAGGUGAGAAAGAAAAUAGAGAAAAGUUUGAUAAAGAAGAGAUGCAGCCCUCAUCAUCGGCAACACAAUGGCAAGGUGAUAAGAGAGCAGUGCCUGAUGUACAAGAACCUUGUGAAAAUGGAGAGUCGGAUGAAGUUACGCCUUUUGACUUUGAGGAUUUGGAACAGUUGAUGUCUGAGAUAGGGAAUGUGCGUGAUAACUUAAGGUUGAUGCCUGAUUUUCAAAGGAGGGAAAUGGCUGCGAAUCUGGCCAUGAAAAUGGCUGCCAUGUUUGGAGGUGGCAGUGAUGUUGAUGAUGAGGAAGUUGAGUGAUCAGAUGUAUUUGCAUGAACUAAGUGGUUUAAUUUGUAUCCUUGUGAAGUCUAGUUCGUGGUGAUUUUGGGAUGGUAAUACGUUCAACCAUCUACAAGGUAAAACUACAAGAUAAAACAAAUGUACUGAAAUUUUGUGUUGGCCACUCGAUUCCAUUGGUGGAUUUACUCUCCAGCUUCAUAAGGUGGUUGCCGAGAUGACCCAUAUUUUGUGCUCAAUCAUGUUUAGAUAUUGGGCGUUAGAUGAUCUCCCCAUGUUUGUAGAAGAUACGAGUCCAAGGUCUUGUCUUGUUAUUAUAGGAACGGAAACCUUAAUUACGUGGAUUGAUAUUCCAACACUUUUGUUGUUACAAGUAGCUAACCAGAUGAAUUUGGUUUCUAUAUUCAAUUUAGGACUUGCAUCAAAC